AUGCCCAAGAUGAAGAAACCUCUCGUGCCCAUCCCUCUGACCCCCACUCACCUCACCGGCGCUCAACACACCAUCCCCGGACAAAACGCUAUCGACACCCACACCCGCGAGGCACUCAAGCACGAACGCGAGGCCUUGCGCCACGAACGCGAAGCGCUGAAGCACGAGCGCGACGCCCUCCUCGCCAGCAACAAGAAAAACCACAAUCCUCCCGCCGAAUCCUACGCCAUGGCGGCUGCGUUCCUGUCCAUCCGCGAAGAGGUGGAGAAGACCUUCGCCGCGGAGAAGGAGCAGAUGCAGCAGGAGAUUCGCCGAGUUGAAGGAGAAAGGCUGUCCGUCUUCGUCAAGUAA